AGCCCAACCAACUACAUUUACUUGGGAAUAGGGGAAUUUUCUUAUAGCCUCCUCUACUCUUAAGCGUUGGUCUGUGAAGCUGAGCUGACAUAAUUUAUGAGAGAUGCUGAUUCAGCAGGGUCCUUUAUAUUAUUUUUAAAAAAAAAAAAAAAAAAAAACAAACAAAAGAACAUUAUAAACUUCAUAUACACAUUAUUUAAUGAAUCGAGACAAUACCUUGACCCAAAUACUAAUUGUAGACUUGUACUCCGCCGGUUACUCGUAAAUUGGAAGGAAUAUUAGUACUCGGUAGUAUUUUUGUUGGCAGAACCUGAAGAAACAGAACACUAGCAAUUUACUCCGUAGCAACUUUAACAAAUUUUAACAAUGGAAGCGGGAACUCUCCACCUCCAUAUCCAUUCCAUUUAUUGCACACCUAUACGACCUUUCCGAUACCACCGUUCAUCUUCCCGGUCUUUCCCGCGCUUCUCCAUUUCCAGCUCUCUCCAGUCGGAAGGCUUCAGAGGUCCGAAACCUAGCAGAAAUUUGGUCGCUGAUUGGGUCUCUAACAACGACAAUGUCGCUCGUAGCUUGCCUAUUUAUGUCGGUGGUUUCUCUCUCCUCGCUGUCCUCUUUAAUCGUACUGUUUCCGGCAUUGCUCCUGUUGCCGACGCUAGUAGCUCACAGUCAAGGGCAGAUCUGUUGGCUCUUGGAUUGGCUGUUACGAAUAUCUUAACUGGUCUUGUUUGGUUGUCAAUUAGGCCCAAGGCUAUCUCUAAGGUGGAUCCUGAAGGUGUGGAGUGUCGCUGGAUAUCUCCCAACCUCCCUGAUUCUGCUAUUUCUGAAUUGGAAUGGUUUUGGCAAUCUCUUUCAGCUGUCACAUGCUGCAGAUCCUUGGUCAUUAUCUAUGAGGAGAGCUGUAUCUGUCAAAUUGGUGUGGCAGCUGAAUCAUUGAUUAGUGGUGAAGCAGAGAAUGUAGACGCCAAAAAAUUGAUUCAGGGCACACUUUACAGAGGCAUCAUGAAAUCUGGAGCUCAGAGCUACUUGGCAAAUCUCUCUCUGUAUCCAGGCAAGUCUGAACUGCCAUUUUUGCCAUCAAAUACACAGGCUGUCAUUUUGCAGCCACUGGGGGACAAAGGAAUUGCAAUUAUAGGUGGUGAUACAAUAAGGGGGUUUUCCACUGCUGACCAGGCAUGGAUAUCAUUGAUUGGUGACAAAUUGGAUGCUACAUUGACGAAGUCUGUGACUGGGGAUGCACUAAUGACUCCAGAUACAGGUCGAUAAUGAUAGUGUGUAUUCUCGAUGAAUUGUGGUACGCAGUAAUUUGUACAGAUGCUAGUUACUGAAGCCUAUAGGUAAGGUAUUUUUAUUUUUCCACUGCUCAAAUAAACAGGCCAUAGAUAGCCCCCAAAAAUUGAGAAGAUAUUGAGCAGACACUGCCAUGAACCUUCUUCUUCUGUUUUUUUUUUUUCUCUCUUUUUUGCCAACUAUUAAUGUGCAAUAAGAAAAAACAACAGAAAGGAAAAUGUCAUUGUGAUGUAGCUCCUGAUUUCUAUAAGAUGAAUUUUAGGAUAUUGUUGAGUUUUUUAUGUAGUCUUGAUUGGUUUUUGACAAGCAGGGGAGUGAUUACUGUCUGCCUUUUCAGUGGAUUAAGUUUAAAUACCUUAUCUGAGUUAUUUAACAACACGUUUAAAUAUCUAUACUGAGUGCCAUAAGUCAUUUUUGCUUACUAAGCUCAAAGUUUCUGCAAAAGUCUAUUAAUUGAGUAAUUGACCAUGAUGGUAACUUUAGCAUCUUCGAGAAAUGAAAAUACCUCAACUUUAUACUAUUUUCUAAUGUCAAAUAUGAGUCAGUAAUCAAAUAACUU